UUUUCCCUUUCGCAUUAGCGGUACUCUGCUUUGCUAAAGCAAUUGUCAAACAUGCGUUAUAUUCGUAAUUUUUGUGCUACAAGUAUAAAGAAGUCGCAUUGCUUGAAAAUGGAAGCACCGAAAAUAAAACAACAAACUCAACCAAAGCAAUUUGAAAUUCUCGUGGAUUUCAUGAAGGCGCAUCCCGAUUUAUCGAAAGGAUCACUAAAAACACCAGACGCCAAAAAUACCUCCAAUAAUUUAUGGAAAAAUUUAGUUUCCCAUUUAAACGCAGCUGGGCCACCAUUGCGCGACAUUGCGGGGUGGAAAAAGGUUUGGGCAGACUAUAAGAUUCACUUAAAGGCAAAAAUGCGACGAAACAAAAAUAAUAUUUCGGGAACUGGAGGUGGCCCCUCACUUUUCAUACCCUUAUCACAGUUAGAGCAACAAGUGAGUGAGUUAUUGUCAAUAGAGGAAUCAAUAAAUGGAAUGAGUGGUACCUUGUCAUUCGGUGCAGCUACAAGCAGCAUGUCGGAGGAAAAUUUUGAUGGCUACAGUAAAUGCUAUCGCUAUGCUUUUAAUUGGACUGGUGUUCUUGAUUUAAAUUACUAUGAUAUAAAUACACCAAAUGAAACCUGGUCCUACACAAAGUGUGAUUUUGGAUGGGAAUACAAUACAUCAGUAGUAUCGUCAUCAAUUGUCAUUGAUUUUGAUUUAGUAUGCGAUAAGGAUAUUUAUCCGACAAUUGGUUUAUCCGCCCUAAACGUUGGAGGUCCGAUAGGAGUUUAUCUAUUUGGGUUACUCAACGAUAGAAUGGGAAGGCGCACAUCGUAUUUUACUUGUUUAGCUACAUUACUUUUUGGUAGCUUGUUAACAUCCAUAAGUAGAAAUUUUUGGACUUGGGCUGGAAGCAGAGUAAUAGUAGGCUUGACUAUACCUGCCGUGUAUCAAAUCCCAUUCAUUAUAUCAUUGGAACUCGUGGGUGAAAACUAUAGAUCGUUUGUGACUGUAAUGACAUGUACUUUUUAUACAUCCGGCAUAAUGUUAUUGUCAUUAAUUACUUACCUGGAACGCGAAUGGGUGAAACUUUCUUUGUACACUUCCGUACCGUUUACUUUAUAUUUUUUAUACAUUUUUAUUAUGCCGGAAUCUCCUCGAUGGUUAUUAAUGCGAGGUCGCUUAGAAGAAGCACUUAAAGUCUUAGAAAACAUGGCAAAAGUUAACGGCCGAAAAUUACCAAACAAAAUCAAGACUAAUUUGGAAGCGAAAAUAGCUAAAAAAAAAGAUUCGAAUAAGACUACCGCCAAUGUGGGAGUAAUUGACUUAUUCAGAACGCCGAACAUGAGAUUAAAGACAAUUUUGAUAACAUUAAGUUGGUUUGCUAAUGAAACUGUGUAUUUGGGAUUAAGCUAUUAUGGUCCAUCAUUGGGCAAUGAUCAGUACUUUAGCUUCUUUUUGUCCGCGGCAGUUGAAUUACCAAGUUAUGUAUGUUGCUGGUAUUUAAUGGACACCUUUGGACGUCGAUGGCCUUUAAGUCUAUCAAUGAUUUUAGGAGGAGCUGCUUGCGUUAUAACUGUUUCGAUUCCAGAAGAUGCGAUUAAUGAAACUUUAGUCAUAUACCUAAUUUCGAAAGCUUUGCUUUCAGCCUCAUUUUUAAUUAUUUACCCCUUUGCUGGCGAAUUGUAUCCUACCCAAGUUCGGGGUAUUGGAAUUGGAGCCUCAAGCUAUAUUGGUGGACUAGGUUUGAUUGUUAUCCCUUUUGUAACAUAUUUGGGAAGAGAUAAUUUAAAACUUCCUCUCGUCAUAAUGGGGAUAAUAUCAAUGAUUGGUGGGCUCACAAGUUUAAGGCUACCCGAAACCCUUCAUGAACGACUUCCUCAGACCCUUGAGGAGGGCGAGAAUUUCGGAAAGGACUGGUCAGUGAAGCGAUGUUUCAGUUGUUAUUCGACACAGAAAUUAGUAUCAAAACAAGAUUCGUACGAAAACCUUCAUGUCCUUUCCUGCAAAAUAAAUAGUGACUCCAAAUCAUCAAAUCAAUAUCCGAUAACAAUCGAUCGGUCUGAAGGAGCUUCAAUAAAACGUUUAGUGCGGCAAAUGAGCGUCAUGGAUACACAGCGAAAUAUUGAUGGAACAAUGCAGCUAACCCACUGGAUUUAAACUCUUUAAAAUUAUGUCAUAAUGUCAGUAAAAAUCAAAUAAGUGUAAAAAGUAAUAAGAAUA